GCCAAAACUAAUGACCGAUCUCUAGAAGACCUUUAGCCUAUUUAAAGUAGAUUAUGUCACAACAUUCCAGUCAAUCGCGGUGUUCAUGUGCCAAACUUUAGAAGCUGUAAACGAGGCGAUAACGCGUAGAUUGAGCGUGAAUUUGCUGCCUUUUGAAAAAAUUUAUCCCUUGGUAUACAGCUAUAGUAAAAAAUAAUAUUCUUCUCUUUCAUAAGUUGAUAACUUUGCUUCUUGAACCCAAACGACGAUGCCAGGCGUGACGAAGCGAGCAUCAGAGAUAAAUCUGAGGAGAAAAUCGAAGUCAUCACUUAACCAGAGAAGAAGAUUGAAAGCAGCUGCUUCUUCUGAGCGGAUCAAUGAUGAGAAUAACGGCGAGCUCGCGACUGGCAGUAACGCGAAGAAAAGUAAAUUGAAUGGUGGCAGACGUGCCCUAUUGGAGAUAGCUUGGUGGACUGUUACGCCCAAUUUGAGCGAUUAUCUCGAGAAUAACAACAAUAACGCGUCAAAUAGCUACAUACUUUACAGCAGCGGAAGUUCGCCUUCAGACAACAACAACAUCGAUAAUCAGCAACCGGCAAAGGGAGGACUGGCUCCUCCACGUCCGACGCCAUCUAGGAUGUCGUCUAUGAGAUGAGCUGAUUAUUACUUUAUAUUUUAUAGGAAAUACCAAGGACUAUCAUUUUUCUGUCGUAUAUGUCGUAAACAAACUACUUACACUCUUUUAAUAGCAAAUAGCACUACCAGAUACACAUCCACACUCAUUCAAACAAACAGUCUAUAUUUACGGAUUAUAAAACUCUCCGGUAUUCUGAGAUAGCAAAACCACCCGAAUAGUCUAUGAUUGAUAACCAGAUAUAGCCAGACGAUGUACAUUUCAUUUACUCUCCAUGUAUUCU